AUGGCCAGCGGCGCCGCUAACACUGUCCCCCUCGUCACCCCCUACAAGAUGGGAAAAUUUGAUCUUUCCCACAGGGUAGUUCUCGCACCACUGACGAGACAGCGGUCCUACGGCAAUGUUCCUCAACCUCAUGCCAUACUGUAUUAUCAACAGAGAGCGACUAAAGGAGGUCUUCUAAUUGCUGAGGCCACGGGAGUGUCCGACACUGCUCAAGGGUACAAAGACACUCCUGGCAUUUGGACCAAUGAGCAAGUCGAAGCAUGGAAGCCAAUCAUAGAUGGGGUUCAUCAGAAAGGAGGGAUAUUUUUCUGUCAGAUUUGGCACGUAGGGAGAGUCUCUAAUUCCAGUUUUCAGCCUAAUGGGCAGGCUCCAAUUUCAAGCACUGAUAAGCCACUAAAACCUCAAGUGAGAGCCAAUGGUGUAGAUGUGGUUACUUUCACACCUCCUAGACGUUUAGAGACUGAUGAAAUUCCUUUGGUCAUCAAUGAUUUCAGGGUAGCUGCUAGAAAUGCAAUCGAAGCUGGGUUUGAUGGUGUUGAAAUCCAUGGAGCUCACGGUUACUUGAUUGAUCAGUUUCUAAAGGAUCAGGUCAAUGAUCGCACAGACAAAUAUGGUGGCAGUUUAGGGAAUCGUUGCCGAUUUGCACUAGAAGUAGUUCAAGCUGUAGUUGAUGAAAUUGGUGCUGACAAGGUCGGGAUAAGGCUGUCACCUUUUGCCGGUUAUUCUGAUGCACCGGACUCAAACCCUGAAGCUCUAGGCCUGUAUAUGGCAAAUGCACUGGAUAAAUUUGGAAUUCUAUAUUGCCACAUGGUGGAGCCGCGGAUGGUAAAACUUGGUGAAAAAUUUGAAACCCCAUACAGUCUUCGUCCAAUGAGGGAUGCUUUCAAGGGAACAUUUAUAGUUGCUGGGGGCUACAAUAGGGAGGAUGGAAAUGACGCAAUCUCCACUGGGUAUGCUGAUUUGAUUGCAUUCGGGCGCUUGUUUUUGUCUAAUCCUGACUUGCCUCGAAGGUUGGAAAUAGAUGCUCCCCUUAACAAGUACAACAGAGACACAUUUUACAUCCCUGAUCCAGUUGUUGGGUAUACUGACUACCCAUUUCUUUCAUCAGAUGUGUAA